CCCGCGAGCCCCGCCGAGGUCCGCACUGGCCGAGAUGACGCCGAGCCCCGCGUCGGUGCUGCCGCUGCUGCUCCUGCUGCUGGGGGCCCUCCCGCCGGCCGCCGCCGCCCGAGGGCCCCCGAGGAUGGCGGACAAGGUGGUCCCGAGGCAGGUGGCCCGGCUAGGCCGCACGGUUCGGCUGCAGUGCCCCGUGGAGGGGGACCCGCCGCCACUGACCAUGUGGACCAAGGACGGCCGGACGAUCCACGGCGGCUGGAGCCGCUUCCGCGUGCUGCCCCAAGGGCUGAAGGUGAAGGAAGUGGAGCCAGACGAUGCUGGUGCCUAUGUGUGCAAAGCCACCAACGGCUUCGGGAGCCUCAGCGUCAACUACACGCUCAUAGUGAUGGAUGACACCAGUCCAGGAAGGGAGAGCCCAGGGCACGACAGCUCCUCUGGGGGCCAGGAAGAUCCAGCCGGCAAGCAGUGGGCGCGGCCCCGCUUCACGCAGCCCUCCAAGAUGAGGCGCCGCGUGAUUGCGCGGCCCGUGGGCAGCUCCGUGCGGCUCAAGUGCGUGGCCAGCGGGCACCCGCGGCCCGAUAUCAUGUGGAUGAAGGAUGACCAGGCCUUGACCCGCCCGGCGGCGGGCGAGCACAGGAAGAAGAAGUGGACGCUGAGCCUGAAGAACCUGCGCCCGGAGGACAGUGGGAAGUACACGUGCCGCGUGUCGAACCGCGCAGGCGCCAUCAACGCCACCUACAAGGUGGAUGUGAUCCAGCGGACGCGCUCCAAGCCUGUGCUCACGGGCACGCACCCCGUGAACACGACGGUGGACUUCGGGGGCACGACAUCCUUCCAGUGCAAAGUGCACAGCGACGUGAAGCCCGUGAUCCAGUGGCUGAAGCGCGUGGAGUACGGCGCCGAAGGCCGCUACAACUCCACCAUCGACGUGGGCGGCCAGAAGUUCGUGGUGCUGCCCACCGGCGACGUGUGGUCGCGGCCCGACGGCUCCUACCUCAACAAGCUGCUCAUCACGCGUGCGCGCCAGGAUGACGCGGGCAUGUACAUCUGCCUGGGAGCCAACACCAUGGGCUACAGCUUCCGCAGCGCCUUCCUGACGGUGCUGCCUGACCCAAAGCCACCAGGGCCGCCCGUGGCCCCCUCGUCCUCCACCACCAGCCUGCCGUGGCCGGUGGUCAUCGGCAUCCCGGCCGGCGCGGUCUUCAUUGUGGGCACCGUGGUCCUGUGGCUCUGCCAGGCCAAGAAGAAGCCGUGCGCCCCGGCCCCGGCUCCCCCGGCCCCUGCACAUCGCCCGCCCGCCACAGCCCGCGACCGCGGCGGGGAUAAGGACCUGCCCGCCCCCGCCCCCCUGGGCUCCAGCCCCGGAGUGGGGCUGUGUGAGGAGCUCGGGCCCCCGGCUGCCCCCCAACACCUGCUGGGCCCCGGCUCAGCCACCGGCCCCAAGCUUUACCCCAAACUCUACACAGACACGCACACGCACACACACUCACACACACACUCACACACACACUCACACACACACUCACAUGUGGAGGGCAAAGUCCACCAGCAUCAGCACAUCCACUGCCAGUGCUAGGCGCCUGGGGGGCUUGCAGAGGCCACCCCGUGCAGGCUGGGGGCAGAGGGCCACAGCGGGGACGCACCACGGGCCCGUCUCCCCAUGCCCCGGGGGGCGCACACGCACGUGGAUGCGCACACACACACCACAUGCCUCUGGACACACACACACACACACACACACACACACACACACUCAGACUGAGAAGCCUUUGGGAAGGUCUGUAUUGUAACCGCAGUGCGCAUGUGGCAACCGGCUAGCUCGUGAAGGAAUCCCUUGGCCCUGUGAGAAGGAUUUCACGGGGGCCACGGGCACCCCCCCACCCUGGCCUGGCAGGAGAUCUGAGAGGCACCCUGGCUUUGCAAACCAAAAACUCCGACCCCUUCCCUACGCCUGCCUGCCUGUGUCCCUGCCCAGGCUAUUUUUGCCACCACCUGUCCUGGUGUCCAGGAGUCCACCAGCACCCUGGAGGGGGGUCGGGCGGAGCAGUCCUGGGCCCUGUCCUGAGAGGCUGGAGCCAGGGGGGGUUGACUUUCGUCCCACCCGGCCUCCCACUGCCAGAGAGGAGGGGCCUUGAUAUUUAUAUUUAAGAAAUUAAGAUAAUAAUAUUAAUAAUGAUGAAAGGAGAGCUGGGCCACGGAGACUUGGCCUCUUCCAGGGCCCAGGACCCACCUGGCUUUGUGGCCACACUGGAUGUCCACCCUGGCCUGGGCACCCAUCACCCUGUUACCCGUGGCCCCAGACCUUUGUAAUUUUAUAUAGAGUUUGAGCUGACGCUUCGUAUAUUUAAUUUAUUUUGUAAAACAAGAAAACGUGCAUCCUUUUCCUUGAA